GGAAGAGUGAGUUAUCUGUCCCCGCCCCGGCAGCUCAGUCAGUCCAACCUGAAGAGAAGGCGAGUCCACGGCUAAAAAUAUAAUAGCUAACACAAGAUGGCCGGUUUGCCUCGUAGGAUUAUAAAGGAGACACAGCGGUUGAUGGCGGAGCCUGUUCCAGGGAUCACGGCUACGCCCGAUGAAGGGAACGCACGUUACUUCCAUGUGGUCAUUGCGGGGCCUCAAGACUCUCCUUUUGAAGGAGGCACAUUUAAACUUGAACUAUUUCUUCCAGAAGAGUAUCCCAUGGCAGCUCCCAAAGUGCGAUUCAUGACCAAAAUCUACCACCCCAAUGUUGACAAACUGGGAAGAAUAUGUUUAGACAUUUUGAAAGAUAAGUGGUCUCCAGCCCUGCAGAUCCGUACAGUGUUGCUAUCUAUCCAGGCGUUAUUAAGUGCUCCCAAUCCAGAUGAUCCCCUGGCAAACGACGUCGCAGAGCAGUGGAAGAAAAACGAAAGCCAUGCCAUUGAGACAGCCCGAACAUGGACCAGGCUCUACGCGGGCAACACUGAAGUAUAGAAGAAGAGAGACGAGGCGUCUGAAUGUGAUCCACAAAAUGUACUCCUAUUCUGUCAACAUUUGAAUUUAACGGACACAAAAAAAAGAAAAAAAAAGAUUAUAAGUCCAACUCUAUUUGAAAGAAAUGACAAGAUUUACUGCUGCAGACCUCUGGGUGACUUAUUUUCCUCUCUAAGACGCGUUAAAUGUGUGUUAGUCUUUUUUUUUUUCCUGUGUUGCUAUUUAAAUGCAUGGACAGAGAACGACACCCUCCCCACUACAGUCUGAGAAAUAACAUGCAAUAUGUUGUCCUGAACUAGGCACAUACUGGUACGUUUGCAAAAUAUACAUUAAAGCUGCCCUUAUUUUAACACAUGCAUCAUUUGUCAACACAUCUGUAUGUCUUUUUGUGAGAGAUGACAGGUUUUUGUUAUUUCAACACAUAGAAAGUGCACCGUUAGUCCCUCCCCUGCCACUUGUAAGUAAAUAAGCAGAUAAAAAAUACGAAUAAGAAUGAUGAAGUCUCCUUUUACUCUUUAUAGGGAAUGAAUUGUUUUGGGAAGUAAGCCCCGUACAUUCAACAACAAAAAGGUUAGUUGAAUUUCCACACCUGUGUGUCUGUGCAUACCAGCACUUCACAACACUGAAUAUUUAUUGGGUGGUGGUUCAGCUACUGUAGUUCAGCAUCAUCUCAUGGAGCACUUAAUACUCAACACAGGUGAAACCAGCUACAAAAUUCACCUUACACAACCGAGGUGAUAUUAUUUCUAGGACUCCACAUUAAAACAAGUCAAGGGUUCCACACAGAAAGCACAUCAUCAAACUGUUCUUUUAUAAAAACUGUAAGAUUUUCAAGACGCUGUAAUUAGAGACUUGCUUAACUGAAAAAUGAAAAGAAACCUGAGGUAGGGUCAUACAUUUGAAGACGUUCUGAAGGUUUCUGUGUACCUGCCAAAUUUGCCGGGAGACAACUCAGUACUUCAUAACCCCAGCUAACUUUUAAAAGCAUUUAGUCCAUGGCUAGAGUCGAUUUGUGGCCCCAACAGAUGUAAUUUUAGCUCUUUUCAUAAUUUAUACCUUGGUCAUUGGUCUUAGAUUGAUAGAAAAGACAAGUUGUGUGAUUAAAUGUGUGAACCCGAUUAGAUGAGGAUGGUGCUUGAAAUAAUCCAAAAUCUGCCUGUUUGAAUGUAAACAUUUUUCCUCUCAGAGUCAUGUCCUGCAGUCUGUUUGGCAGUAGUAUGAAAUGUUCACGGAUCAGUCUGAUUAGAAGUUAAGUCUUUAUAGCCCCCAUGUUGGACAGUUUGGGGAGGGUGAGCGAAUCGCUUCCACACACUUGGGGAAAAAAAAAUCCAUUCCCAACACAUCUAGAAAGGCAGCAGACUACAAAGAUGUGUUGUAAAUGUUUUUUUUCCCCCUUAUUUUAAAGAGUGUAGGAACCUGAGCUGUUUUUAUUUUCCUUUUUCUUUUUUUUUUUUUUAAAUGUCUGUCCAUGCUCUCUGUGUUGCCUGUUCUCAUUUUUAUUUUCAGUGUUAAUUAAACAAAAAGGCAUGUACAGUAACCAAAACGAUAUCAGGCCUGUUCAAACUAGUUUUCUUCAGGGGUGCUUGUGAGAGUUGAGGUGCUUUCUUUAAAGGGAUAGUUGAGGCUUUUUUGAAGGUCUUGUCAUCACUUGCAAAGUCGUUGACUUUCCUCAGUUGGUCUUUACCUGCUUUUUCUCUUUCUAUGAAACUGAUCUGUGAUGAUUAUACACAUGAAUUUAAUUGAUUCCCACGGGAAUGAUUGGGGCUUUGUGGUAGAGGGGGAAAAAGUGAUACUACAAAUAAAAAGCAUUUAAGAUUAAAGGUCUUCAUUACGCUGUUACAGGUUUUCUGUCGGCUAGAAAUCUAAAAUCCCUCUUGAAGUGCAUAUGAAAUGUCGAAUUCUGCCUUUUUUGAUUUGUUGUUGACCUGUAGAAAAGCUUUCUAAAAAUCCUUAAACUUUCCUUUUAAAAGAUACUGUGUUCUGGGGUUAGAGGGAUCAGUGUGACUCGUCGUCCAGUAACUUAGACCCUCUGUGAUCAUAUUGGCUCUGUAUGGCUCAUCUGAGGGAGGACUGUAACGUCAUGUUGUAGUAAAACUGUUUUUGUUAAGCGUU